AUGAGGGCUGUGGCGACCGUAGCGACUGUGGCGACCCUGUUCUUCCUGGGCAUCCAGGCCGACAGUGAGUGGAGCUACGCAGUGGAGAUCUCCCUGCCCCACAGCAUGCACCUGACAGACUCCGACGGCACGACGUACAUAGCUCAGCAGAUGCACUUUCACUGGGGCGGAGGGUCCUCAGGAAUGAGUGGCUCUGAACACACCUUUGACGGGAUCAGACGUGCGAUAGAGAUUCACAUUGUUCACUUCAAUAAGAAUUAUAACAGCUUUGAGAAUGCCAAGGAUCGACCUGACGGUUUGGCUGUACUGGCGGUCUCUGUUGAGAUUCAGGAUUAUGGUGCAAAUACUUACUACGACCCCUUCAUUUCUGAGUUGGCCAGCGUCCAGUAUCCAGGACAAACCACAACCCUGAGAAACGUUAACAUUCUGAACAUGUUGCCUCGAGACACCCGGCACUAUUACACCUACCAAGGCUCGCUCACCACUCCCCCCUGCACAGAGAAUGUCAAGUGGUUUGUGUUUCGAGAGUCCAGCAAGAUCUCCCUCAUUCAGGCUCUGAAGAUAGAGAAUUCUGUCAUGAAUCACAACAACGAGACCCUUCAAAAUGGUUACCGCCAGACCAAGCCCCUCAACAAGAGAGUGGUGGAAGCCAAUUUCCCAAGCUUACCUGGUGAACUUUUGACAGAAAGUGACAGCAGAUGUACAGACAAUGCCUGCCAUGCCACACUCACAGCCCUGAGUGUGAAGGUUCCUGUGCCUAGAGUGCCGUCUGUCACGGGCUCACUCAGACAGAAGCUAAGCAAAGAGUGUUCAGACUCAUUCACUGAUCUGAUCCAUCUUUUCGUGCCAUGA